CCCGGCUGCCGGCUCAUGCCUUCUCCGCGUUCGGCGCUGCUCAGAGUCGGACGCUACGCUCUGUUGCUGUCGCUGACUUCCCCGCUCGUGCCCCGGCCUCCGCUCGCGUCCCGUCAGCCCCUCAGCACGCCCUCCCGCCCCCGGACCUCAUUCUCUGCGGCCGCCUCCCGGAGCAGCAUGGACGGCCCCGGGGCUGAAGAGGUGCUGGCACCUCUCAGGCUAGCCGUGCGCCAGCAGGGAGAUCUUGUACGAAAACUGAAAGAAGAUAAAGCACCGCAAGUAGAUGUAGACAAAGCAGUAGCUGAACUCAAAGCCCGGAAGAGGGUUCUAGAAGCAAAGGAGUUGGCAUUACAGCCCAAAGAUGAUAUUAUAGACAGAGCCAAAAUGGAAGAUACCCUGAAGAGGAGAUUUUUCUACGAUCAAGCUUUUGCUAUUUAUGGAGGCGUUAGUGGUCUGUAUGAUUUUGGGCCAGUUGGAUGUGCUUUGAAGAACAAUAUUAUUCAGACCUGGAGGCAGCACUUUAUCCAAGAGGAACAGAUCCUAGAGAUUGAUUGUACUAUGCUCACCCCUGAGCCAGUUUUAAAGACCUCUGGGCAUGUAGACAAAUUUGCUGACUUCAUGGUGAAAGAUGUAAAAAACGGAGAGUGCUUUCGUGCCGACCAUCUACUAAAAGCUCAUCUGCAGAAAUUGAUGUCUGAUAAGAAGUGUUCUGCUGAGAAGAAGUCGGAGAUGGAAAGUGUCUUGGCCCAACUCGAUAAUUAUGGACAGGAAGAACUUGGGGACCUUUUUGUGAACUACAAUGUAAAAUCCCCUCUUACUGGAAAUGAUCUAUCCCCUCCAGUACCUUUUAACUUAAUGUUCAAGACCUUCAUUGGGCCUGGAGGGAACAUGCCAGGGUAUUUGAGACCAGAAACUGCACAGGGGAUUUUCCUGAAUUUCAAACGACUUUUGGAGUUCAACCAAGGAAAGUUGCCUUUUGCUGCUGCCCAGAUUGGAAAUUCGUUUAGAAAUGAAAUUUCUCCUCGAUCUGGACUGAUCAGAGUCAGAGAAUUCACAAUGGCAGAAAUUGAGCACUUUGUAGAUCCCAGUGAGAAAGACCAUCCCAAGUUCCCAAGUGUGGCAGAUCUCCACCUUUAUUUGUAUUCAGCGAAAGCCCAGGUCAGCGGACAGUCUGCUCGUAAAAUGCGCCUAGGAGAUGCUGUUGAACAGGGUGUGAUUAACAACUCAGUGUUAGGCUAUUUCAUUGGCCGUAUCUACCUCUACCUCACCAAGGUUGGAGUAUCUCCAGAUAAACUCCGCUUCCGACAGCACAUGGAGAACGAGAUGGCCCAUUAUGCCUGUGACUGCUGGGAUGCCGAAUCUAAAACGUCCUACGGCUGGAUUGAGAUUGUUGGAUGUGCUGAUCGUUCCUGUUACGACCUUUCCUGUCAUGCAAGAGCCACCAGAGUUCCACUUGUAGCAGAGAAACCUCUAAAAGAACCCAUAUCAGUCAGUGUUGUCCAGUUUGAACCCAAUAAGGGAGCAAUUGGUAAGGCAUAUAAGAAGGAUGCAAAGCUGGUGAUAGAGUACCUUGCCAUUUGUGAUGAGUGCUACAUUACAGAAAUGGAGAAGCUACUGAAUGAGAAAGGGGAGUUUACUGUUGAAACUGAAGGGAAAACAUUUCAGUUAACAAAAGACAUGGUCAGUGUGAAGAGAUUCCAGAAAACACUACAUGUGGAAGAAGUUGUUCCGAGUGUAAUUGAGCCCUCCUUUGGCCUGGGUAGGAUCAUGUAUACGGUAUUUGAACAUACAUUCCAAGUACGCGAGGGAGAUGAGCAGAGAACGUUCUUCAGUUUCCCUGCUAUAGUAGCUCCAUUCAAAUGUUCCGUCCUUCCGUUGAGCCAAAACCAGGAGUUCAUGCCGUUUGUCAAGGAAUUAUCGGAAGCCCUGACCAGGAACGGUGUCUCUCACAAAGUAGACGAUUCCUCUGGGUCUAUCGGAAGACGUUAUGCCAGGACUGAUGAGAUUGGUGUGGCUUUCGGCAUCACCAUUGACUUUGAUACAGUGAACAAGACCCCUCACACGGCAACUCUGAGAGACCGAGACUCCAUGCGGCAGAUCAGAGCAGAGGUCUCUGAACUGCCCAGGGUCAUCUGCAAUCUGGCCAAUGGCAGCAUCACGUGGGCCGAUGUGGAGGCCAGGUAUCCUCUGUUUGAAGGGCAAGAGACUGGUAAAAAAGAGACAAUGGAGGAAUGAGGACAGGUUCGGGACAUCUGACCACUUGUGCUAAUAAAAAAAAAAAUAACUCUUAUCAUGCCUACUUUACAAAAAAACAGCAUUGUGACUGCACCCAGGGACUGUAUUUUAUCCUCAGUGGCUGCCUGAUCGUACCGUCUGAUGUAAAACCCACCAUUAAAAUUGAAGAAAUUCUGAACAAAA